UCAGUUCCAGAUCUCUGCUUCAGUUAGUCACCAUGGCUCCCCUCGCCAAGCCCGCCGCCGCCAAGCCAAAGAACGCAGCCGCCGGCGCCUCCCACCCUCCCUACUUCGAGAUGAUCAAGGAGGCGAUCGCGGCGCUCAAGGACAGGACCGGCUCCAGCUCGGUCGCCAUCGCCAAGUACAUCGAGGAGAAGCACGGCAAGUCGCUGCCGUCCAACUUCAAGAAGAUGCUCUCCGUCCAGCUCCGCGGAUCCGCCGCCAAGGGCAAGCUCGUCAAGGUCAAGGCCUCCUACAAGCUGUCCGACGCCGCCAAGAAGGACUCGCCCAAGGCCAAGCCCGUCGCCGCCAAGGCCGCGGUGAAGCCGGCCAAGGUUGCCGCCAAGCCCAAGAAGGACGCUGCCAAGCCCAAGAAGAAAGCGGCGGCCGCUGGCACCAAGCGCAAGGCGCCCGAGAAGAAGCUUAUCGCCAAGGCCAAGAAGUCUCCUGCGGCCAAGGCAAAGGCCAAGCCGAAGACUGUCAAGUCACCGGCUGCCAAGAAGCCCCCGCAAGGGUCUGUACAAAAGGAUUCCUCAUCCUCCCUGUAUCGUGGGUUGUGUUCAGUUUAUGCAAAUGGUUCAGGAGUUUGUAUAACUGAUAAUACUUUUCUCGUGCUCAUUGCGCUGAGACGACAGUGUGCAUGUCAGGUAUCUGUUCAGUUUGCUCCCGCUUGCAACCGUCGCCCCCACGCGGCCCGCCCCGCCCCGCCCGCGCCGCCCAGGCCCCGCGCGCCCCACCACGCCCCCUCCGCCCCUGCCCGCCCCGCCCAACACCGCCCCGGCGAGCUCGACCCCGCCCCGUCUCGUCACGGACGCCUCCAGGGCCGCCCGCCCGUGCCCGGCGAGCUCGUGGCCGGCCGGCUGUCCACUCUCUCUUCCCCGAGCUCGCAACGCAGGGCCCGCUGA